AUGCCCAUGCGUAUACUCAUGUGGCUGUUGGGAGAGAUAACUAUCAUCGCCACGGAUAUGCCGGAAGUCAUUGGAUUCGGUGUCGCGCUGCAGGGCCGCUAUUUGGAAACGGUUGUGGCGAUCUUCAUGGUAAUUCUGGGCGUUCUGUUGAUCGCGGAGAUGGUGAUGUCAAAUAUAGACGCGGGAGAGAUGGCGUACAACUGGGUGGUUCCGUCGGUACUCGAGGGCUCCGCCUUCUCUGGCCUUGGCAUUGUGGGAGCUGUGGUGAUGCCUCACAAUCUGUUUCUGCAGACUUCCUCUGCGAUGCUGCGCAACAAGAAGGCGACGAAUUCUCUGUUGAAGCUGGAUGAAAUUCAAGAAGUGGACAGUGCGCCGGCAAGUGGGGGUAAAAGCGAAGUCGGAAAUCCCCCGGUCGGAGACGAAAUAGAAAUGUCAAAUUGUUCUGAUUCCCGUGAGGGCUCGAGGGCUGAUAUCUGUCGGGGCACCGCCAGUACGGCCAAUAUUCGCAUCAAAGCGUCACCCGCAACUCUGAAACGGAGGCUGUGGUUUGCUAUGCUGGAACCGGUUGUGCCCGUGCUCUUCACGUUUGUUAUGAGUCUGGCCAUCAUGUGCAUCGCAGCAGCGCUGAUCUACCCGAGGGGUCAACUAGAUCCCUCCGAUCCAUUAUAUAUUGAUCCAACGUCUGUGGGACUGUCAAACUUCCCUGAUUACUUCCAGAACGGUUUCAUGAAGUAUAUGUGGGCUAUCGCUCUGUUGGCGUCGGCACAAGCGGGUAGUAUCACAACCACCCUCACGGGACAGUACCUCAUGGAUGGUCUGGUGCAUUUGCGCAUAGCGUCGUGGAAACGUUCGCUCAUAACACGCAGUCUUGCUAUCGUCCCGGGCGUGAUUGUAACCAGCGUAAACAGCUCUGCGGACGCCAGUAACGCUGUUAUUGCGGUUGUUAACGCUGUGCUGGCCAUUAUGUUGCCGGUGUUCCUGUUCCCACUAAUUCGGUAAGCAUUGCAUAUUGUUCUGUUCCCACUAAUCCGGUAAGCAUGGCAUCUUGUUCUGUUCCCACUAAUCUGGUAAGCAUUGCAGCUUGUUCUGU